UUGUCAUAGAGUGCGUAAAUUCAAAGUUAAAUGUAAGAGCGUAUUUAAUGCACAGUUGUUAUUGUUUAUCAAUAGCGUCUGUUGUUACCAUAGGAGGAAGUUAAUAUAUGAAGAUCGAAUUUUGAAUUUUGUUUAUUUUUUGUGUACAUAAUGGAAUGGGUUUAGAAAAAUAAUUUCUUUUAGGUAUUUUUGUAAAAUGGACGUGUAUUGGAACCUGUGCCGUUUGUACUGUGUGUUAUAUACCUUCCACAGCGGUGGUAAAUGCUAGUGUGAAGUGAAUGUGAGAACUGGUGUGAGGGUGCUGACAGGCCAUGGAGCCUCAGAAGACGGACUCCAACGUUGAGUGCGCUGGCUUCACGUUCAUAUCCAGUUUUGAUUCAGGAAACCUCGCGCACGUUGAACUAGUGCCAAAAAACGAAAAUGCUGCACCAAACUCGGCAGAGAAAACUGUGGGGAACGACUCGGAUGACUCGCCGGACUACGAGUUCAACAUCUGGACGAAACCGGACUGUGCUGGAACAGAAUACGAGAACAACAACAGCACAUGGUUUUACUUUGGUAUCAAAGGAGGGACGCCAUGCGCUCAGGUCAAGCUGAACUUGAUGAACCUCAACAAGCAGUGCAAGAUGUACAGCCAGGGGAUGGCCCCGGUGUGGCGCGUCGUGCCAGGACGCAGCCACUGGGACCGCAUCAGGGACAGGCCCACCUACCUCGUCGAUGACCACACGUUCGUGCUGAGCUUCAAGUACCGCACACUGGACAACCCGCGCGCCAUCGCCUACUUUGCGUUUACGUACCCCUUCUCCUACGUCGACCUGCAGAACAUGCUAGCCAACAUCGACGCACGCUUCAGGAGGCUCCAAGAGGGCUGCAUCGCUCCGGGUCCGGACGACAUCUACUACCACCGGGAGUGCGUGUGUCACUCGCUGGAGGGCCGGCGGGUGGAGCUGCUGACGGUCUCCUCGCACCACCUCAUCAGCACGGAGCGGGAGCCCCGCCUGGCCGGCCUGUUCCCCGUCCCCGAGGCGCCCCGCCCCUUCCGCUUCCUCGGCAAGAAGGUGGUGUUCUUGAGCGCGAGGGUCCAUCCAGGCGAGACACCCUCCAGCUUCGUGCUGAACGGCUUGCUGCAGCUGCUGCUGUCGCGCGAUGACCCGCUGGCCGCGCACCUGCGCAAAGCAUACGUCUUCAAGCUGAUCCCAGUUCUGAACCCGGACGGAGUGUCGCGCGGCCACUACCGCACGGACACGCGCGGCGUGAACCUGAACCGAGUGUACCUGGACCCGUCGCCCGUGCUGCACCCCUCGGUGUUCGCGGCACGGGCCCUGCUGCGCUACCACCACCUGGGCCACGAGGAGCCGGACUCCCUGGAGGAGCAGGUGUCCACGCUGAGCCUGUCCCCAGGACAGGAGCCCGUCGCGCCGUCCGGCCUGCACCUGUACGUGGACCUGCACGGCCACGCCUCCAAGAAAGGCAUCUUCAUGUAUGGGAACCACUUUGAGACGCUGGAAGACAGUGUAGAGUGUAUGUUGCUGCCCCGCGUCAUGGCCCUCAACUGCCCCAACUUCCACUUUGCGGCCUGCAACUUCACCGAGCGCAACAUGUAUCUGCGGGACCGCCGGGACGGCACGAGUCGGGAGGGAUCUGGUCGCGUGGCCGUGCUCAAGAUGACAGGGCUGGUGCGCAGCUACACGCUCGAGUGCAACUACAACACGGGCCGCAUUGUCAACAUCCUGCCCCCGUGCGCGCGCGACAACGCCCGCUACUCCGCCCCCUCAUUUCUCGUGCCCCCCAAGUACACCCCACACAUCUUCGAGGAGGUGGGGCGUGCACUCGGGGUCUCCAUCCUGGACCUCUCGGGGCAGAACCCUUGGAGCCGCCUGCCCAACUCGGAGUUCCACACGCUGUCCGGGGUGCGGGAUUGGCUGCGGGCCAACUACGGGGGCACUGACGCCGGUCGCCCCCCGCUGCGACGCCAGGUGGGCCCGGCGACACCGCGCGGACGUCUCACGGUGAAAUCGCCCGCAGGUCGGCCGCCGCUGCGAGGCCCCGAGCUGAAGGACUCUGACAGGAAAGAGAGCGUGACCCUGGGGCCACGUGCCCGGGCCGUGCCGUGCCGCCCGCCCUCCAGGAAGCCGCGCCGGGCCGCGGAGGCUCGCGACCAGGGUCCCAAGCGCAUGAAGAUCUCGUGCCUCAAGCCGGAGAACACGCCAGGCCCGCCCGCCAAGAGCCAAGAGCUGGUGGUGCGUCUGGAGGAGAUCCUGUCGCUUCCCGAGAAGCUGGGAGCGUUCCUGGGGCCCGCGCGCAACACCGCGGUCGGCAAGAAGAAGCUGGUGCUGCAGGCGAUCGCGGGCAGCUCCCGCGCCGACCCGGCCGUGCCCGGGCAGGAGCCGGCCAAGACUCUGCAGAAGAGGAGCGGCGACGGCAAGAAGCGUGCCAAGGCGGUUCUGCGCAGCCUCGCCACGACCAUGGGCAAACUGCGAGCCGCCGACCCGUGCCAGGGUCUCUUCGUCGAGAAGAAACGCAAGAAGUGCAAGGCCAAACAUGCCAAGCAUUUGUAGCAUUCUCAUUCUCACACUUCGUACCAAAAAAUUUCAGGCUGUGAUUUACCCGUUCCAAAACAAGUUUCAUUGUAAAUAAAAAAUGUUUAUUUCCAGAUGAGAACAAAUAUUUUUGUCUCAUUUGUUUUGUUGUAAUUUAUUUUUAAAAUUAUGAGUUAAUAUUUACGUGUUCAUUAGAUUACUGAAGCCGCUGAUCAAAUUUUAAGGUUUUUUUGUUCCCUUUUAUACUUGUUUUAUACAGCAUGUUCAUUUAUUUAUUUUUCAAAGGUUAUCUUUGUGGUUGUUAAUCUGUCUGUAAUAUUGUAUAUUACUGUAUAUAUACGUAUUCUUUGCUGGAAAAUAAAAUAUGCACUGGAAUAGUUUCAGAAAAA